AUGACUAAUACUCUUGAAAGUUUUACAGAUGUUUUGGGCGAUGAAAUUGGUAACUCCCAACCUCUGUCUUUGCCGUCAUCUACUGAAAGUAGAGGCUUGCCUCUGUCUGUCAAUAAUCCUAUUAAUGUUGGAGUAACAGAACGCCCAUCUAAAUGUACUGGACAACGUGGACAAUUCAGGAGUGUGGAGGAAAUAGACCCUAAAUACCGGGAUGUGUUUUCGUAUCCAUAUUUCAACCUGGUACAAUCUAGAGUUAUAGAAGAUGCCCUAUAUUCAGACAAGUCCAUAGUUGUAUGCGCUCCGACUGGAUCAGGCAAGACAGUUGUGUUUGAAAUGGCCAUAGUGCAGCUUUUGAUGGAACUGGAAGACAAACAGUACUCUGAAGAUUUCAAAAUUAUUUACAUGGCUCCAGUUAAAGCGUUAUGCACAGAAAGAUUGACCGAAUGGUACUCAAAGUUUACGAAGCUUGGUUUGAUGUGUAUCGAAGUUACUGGCGACACUGAUGUUGAUUUCACACAGUUAAAACCUUACAAAAUAAUAAUAACGACUCCAGAGAAAUGGGACAUGUUGACGCGUCGGUGGCGGGACCACCGCGGUUUGGUCGAAGUGGUCAAGUUGUUCCUGAUAGACGAGGUUCACAUACUGAACGAUGAGACGAGAGGACCCGUGCUAGAGGCUGUUGUAAGCAGGAUGAAGACUAUUGAAAGUUCAGCCCAAUCAGUCCAUCGUAUAGAACAAUUGCAAAAAGAGAUGCAAGGUGAAACAGUAUCGUACAAAUCACCUCCGAGGAUAAGGUUCGUCGCAGUAUCUGCUACCGUUAGCAACCCUGAAGACGUCGCCACUUGGCUGGGAAGUAGUGACAAGCCUGCUGUGUUUUAUAAGUUCGGAGAUGAAUGUCGUCCUGUAAAGUUGAAGCGUAUAGUGGAAGGGUACCCGUGCGCUGAAGGUACCAGUAUAUUCAAGUUCGACAUCAUUCUUAACUACAAACUCUGGCCCAUUAUUCAGAAGUACCAUUGCGGGAAGCCUACUCUGAUAUUCUGCAACACCCGUAAGAGCGUAAUAUUGACGGCGGAGACUUUAUCCCGUGAGCUGACAAUUAGCUUCAACGCGGAACAAAAGGCGAAGCUAACUGCACUAGCUUCUACAAUUAAGAACAAGGCAUUACAGGCCUUAGUAAUGAGCGGUGUUGGGUGUCAUCACGCGGGGUUAUUGUACGAGGAGAGACAGAACAUUGAGUUCGCUUUUAGGAAUAGAGACUUACCAAUAUUAAUCACGACAACUACUUUGGCAAUGGGCGUUAACUUGCCUGCACAUCUGGUCAUCGUUAAGAACACACAGCAGUAUGUCAAUGGAGCCUAUCAGGAGUACAGUAUAAGCACAGUACUACAGAUGGUGGGUCGCGCCGGCAGACCGCAGUUUGACACUGAAGCCACCGCCGUCAUCAUGACACGCCUCGUCGACAAGCCUCGUUACCAAGCGCUGGUGGGUGGAUGCGAGCCCUUGCAAAGCUUUUUGCACAAACGUUUGCCAGAGAACCUGAACAGCGAGGCGGCUUUAGGUACAGUCGGGGAUGUUGCCCAGUGUGUGCAAUGGCUGCGUUCUACCUUUCUUUAUGUACGCGCUGCAAAAGAUCCUAAGAAGUACCUUGGAUUAUCACAAAAUUCACCUCAACACUUGAUAUCUAAGAAAAUUGAGGAACUAUGUGUUAAAGCAAUGAACAGUUUAGCUUCUUCAGGACUUAUUACAAUGGACGAAGCUAGCUGUAUCCAGUCAACGGAGGCUGGACGACUUAUGUCCAUAUUUUAUUUAGAUUUGGAAACUAUGAAGCAGAUUAUGAAGGUUGAAGGUUCAGAAACUUUAGAGCGUCUUUUAACAUUAAUUUGUGAGAGCCACGAAUUAGCUGACAUGCAUCUUCGAGUGGACGAACGAAGAUGUUUGAACCUUCUCAAUAGGAACCAAGCGGCAGCCACUAUACGGUUUCCUAUGAAAGGCAAAAUCAGCACACGGCAGAUGAAACUUAAUUGCAUCAUUCAAGCCGUCCUCGGUUGUCUACCGAUUCCCGAUCCGUCUCUCAAUCAAGAGGCUAUGAAAAUUAUAAGAAUUGCUGAGAGAGUUUGUAAAUGUCUAGUAACAUACGUCACCCGCCCAGACCUAGUAGCUCAACAGCCGAUGUUCUACUCAGCUAUUCUGAACUCGAUACUACUUGCGAAGUGUAUAACAGCACAUCUUUGGGAAAACUCGCCAUAUGUAAGCAAGCAACUGAAGGGCAUUGGACCGACUUUCAGUACAUUACUCGCAACUGCUGGUAAGGUCAACUUCAUUCUGCUGGAAGAAAGCCAUCCAAGGGAUUUGGAACGGAUAAUGAACAAAGGAGCCCCAGCAGGCAAUGUUCUUCGCAAACAAAUUAGUUUGCUGCCAAAGUACCAACUGACAAUGGUACCAGUAGAUGAGAAGACCGUUACCCUCCAGCUCUUGCUCAUCAACCAAGCUUACUUGGCUGAGAACAUGGGGAAUUUGACGGCAGGAGAAAAUCAUAAAAGUUACAUCAUUGUGGGUGAUUCAAACAAUCAUCUGUUGCUGUUGGCUACUUUCAAGGACAAGGACUUAAUAAGCGUUUUCGAUGGCAUUAUUAGUCAUGAAAUAAGGCGCAAACACAAUUUUGAACACAAAAUAUUUGCUCAUUGCGUGAGCUCCUCCUUUGUGGGCAUUGACGCUCAAGCAGAAUAUUUGUUCAACGAUUUAGAACCCUUUCUGGGAGGGACAAAUACACAAAAGAAUAACAGUCAAAAGAAUUCAGCAACUAAUAAAAAAGUUACAGAACGCCAAACGUGCAUAACGGAUACAUUUAAAGAACGUAAAAGAAAAAAUACUGAUGCCAUCGAAAAGUCGAAAGAAAAGAAGAAACGUGAAAGUGCUAUGAUUGAAAGUUUCAAAUAUCUCAAACAAUCGUUUGAAACAGCGUCUAAAAAUGUAAAUCAAAAUGUUCAGAUGAAUACCAAUAAAAAGAGCACAAAUAAUAUAAAUUUCGGGCACUCAGAACCAAGUAAUUCGAAUUGUAACGACGUUGGGAAUAGAAGACAGGAUGAUACACAACAUUCUACGUCAGUUCUUAAUAUGUGUCCCGAAGAAAUGGAUAGUGAUGAGUUUAUAGAUGAAGGAAAAAUAGACAGUAUCCUCAAUGAAAUUGAAAACGAAAUGAAUAAAGGCAAACCAAAUCCUAACAACAGCAAUGCACGUUUUCGUACUAAUAUCAAUACGCCAACUUUUAACAAAUCGACAACACACAGUCUUAACACUAUGACUAACUUAUAUUCCACUACGAAAUCUACUAAUUACUCUACCGGUCCCUUAAGAAAACGUAAACCUGUGACCACAAAAUCGAAUUAUAAUUUCAUAGAUUUGUUAGAAAGGAAACUAAGUUUAAGUGACAAUGAAGACGUGAUCGAGGUUCCACAAAAAGACAAUGGGUUUUCAGACACUAUAAAGAGCCAAAUACAAAAAUAUUUGACCAAAACAAAAACUACAAUACCUGAUAAAAAUGUUGAGAUUUUGACAAUAUUAGAUGAUCCACAGACCGAAUUACCGGAUGAUACAGAACUAAAUCAAACUCUUCUGGUUGAAGAAUUACCAAAAACUGUACAACAUGAAGAUGUAGGACAUGAAACUGAACAUGUAGGACAUGCUACAUAUGAAAUUAAAGAAAUAUUAGGCCCGACAGAUAGUACAAAUGUACAAAACAGUCAAGUUCGUGGUACAAAUAACAUUACAUGCUACCAAGAUGAUAAUGAUGGAACAAACGAAAAAGAUGUAUCUGAAAGGAAUAAGAAAGUUGAUGAUAACCAUGAAUUUGCUGAUUAUAAUACAAAUAUAGAACAAUUGACCGAUUUUAGUGACAAAAGCACCAUAGUGUUAGAUGACGAAACGAUAAAGCCUAUCGAUAAAUGCCAUGAAGUAAAAGAUAAUUUCAUGGAAGUUAUAGAAAGUAAGAAUGAUACAGAAGAAAAUUUUAAUGAAAUGGGUAAAAGGAACCAAAAUGACAUACAACUCAUAGAAAAUGGUAAUGAGCACCUUGAUGAACAAUUAAUCAGUCCUACAACUGAAAAUAUUCAAUGUAUUGAUACAAAUAAAACAAGGUAUUCCACUAUAGAUGAGAGUUUAGAAGUAAAGGAAAGUGACUUAACUACACAAAAUAAUGACACUGAAAGAGUUGAAGAUAACGUUGACGAGCCCCUUAGACAAAUAGUUCCACUAAAUAUUAAUCAACUUGUAUCAAAUAAUGAUACAUUAACUACUGAUGUUCUAAAUAGAGAAGAAUUUGCUCCUGAUAUAUCUUCUGAUCCGAUAGGGAUAGAUUGUAGACAGAGUAAUCGUGCUUCAACUGCGCCUACUUUUUUCUUACCACCUUCUUCCGCUCAAAGCACAUCAAAUUAUUUCUCAAAAACUAUAGAAACAGAUCAAAGAAAAACUAAAUUCGUUCAAAGAUUCACUUACGUUGCGAGUAAGAUAGACGUUUGCACAAAGCAAACUCCAGAAUAUAGUAUGCAAGUUAUCAAAAAGAUGAAAAUGGAUGUAGACAUAACGGCGAUAGUGUCCCGUAAGAAUGAUUGUUUUAAUUCUAAUGAUUAUGAUCAAAGAUCCAAUAAGAACAUUGAAAUGAUUGAGGUUCUAAGAUCAAAUAAUACUACAAGAGAGGAUAAUGGACUUAUAUCCACGUAUAAUAAUGAAAGAAAUGAUACACCUAAAGUAAUCUUUCCACCUAUACAUUUUUCAACGUCAACUGAUAGUUCAGCUAUGCUUCCCAGAGAGGGUAGUGUGAAUGAGGUUGUAAACAGUCAUGUGAGAAGUACAAAUACUAAUGAAACUCUUCCUAAUAAUACUAAAAAUGUAUUAAACGAUAACACGAAUGAGAUACUAUCGUCCAAUCAUUCUGAACAUUUAGAGGCAAAGGAUAAAUGCGAAAAUUCAAGCAAAGAUAUAAGACAAACAGAUUCUGGAAAUGCUUCUGUUGGUGAAAAUAAAAUUCAAAAUAUUUUACAAAAAUAUAGCAAGAAAUUAUCGACAAAUACAACUAUACCACCAACGCCAAGUUGUUCAAACAUCAUUAGACCUAGAUACAACAGUUCACCUAAAAUUAAAAGUAGAAAACCAUUUAAGAUAUCCGAUCUACACAAAUUGCAUGCUAGUAUACCUGAUACUAUCGUAGAAAACAAAACAGAAGUUCAAAAAGAUUUAUUACAAACGCCUAAAAUGAACUUGAUUGUAGAAGCUACAAAAAAACUCGAGACAUUAAAUAAAAGUGAGUUGACGCAAAAUGUCGAACUGGAUUUAGAACCUAUAAAUGAAUAUGUAUCCCCAAAAAUAGACCUAGAACCUAAGGUCUGCAAUAUAGAUCAGUCUAUGUUUAAUCCUAAAAAACUUUUGCAAUGUGUAGCUGACGAUGGACCUGAGAUAGUUCCUCCACCGCCAGAAUUCUGUGAUGAGAUUUCUUAUUCGCCUGAAGGGGAUUUGGUAGCCUGUGGCAGAAAUGAAAUGCUUACAUCGCAGCUUCAUGAUUUUACAAAUAAUUAUGAGGAAUGCAAUGAGAGUAUAUUCGACGAUAACACAGGUUCUGAUCUAACUCCCUCAAAAGAAAUUGAGACAUGGGUCUUAUCUCAAGAAGACGACGAUUGUGAAUCUAAUAUGUCUUUGAAUAUAAGUCCUACUAAAUCGUACACAGUGAUGCGGAAAAAUUAUAGCAACAACAGCAAUUUCUCAUACAAGAAUAUUAUGUCGAGACAUGCCAAAUUAGGAAAGUUUAGAUUCAGUCAAAAAGAUAAAUUUAGACCAAAAAAAUGAUACAAAAUAAAUGUAAAUGUUUGAAGAGGUGUCUGUUGUUUU